UCGUCGCAAACACAAGUCGAGUGAAUCAUUUGUAUGCAUACUGCUUUGUAUAGAUUUGUGACAAGUGAUACGUGUAUAGGAGGAAUUCCUCAAAUCUCCGUUGUUUGUUGAAUCUUUUAAUUAUAAAUUCGCCGUCAUAGGAACGUCAAAAUGUCAAUAGCCUCAAUGGAGAAACACCUUUUCAACCUCAAGUUCGCUGCCAAAGAAAUGGUGCGCAAUUCCAAGAAGUGUGAGAAGGAAGAAAAGGCUGAGAAAGCAAAAUUAAAGAAGGCCAUACAGAAAGGAAACAUGGAAGGUGCCAGGAUACAUGCUGAAAAUGCUAUCAGGCAAAAGAACCAAGCACUAAACUAUCUGAAAAUGUCUGCGCGGGUCGAUGCAGUUGCCAGCAGGGUUCAGACUGCUGUUCAAACUCGCAAGGUCACCCAGUCAAUGGGUGGUGUGGUAAAAUCAAUGGAUGCUGCCAUGAGGUCCAUGAACCUUGAGAAAAUAUCAGCACUCAUGGACAAGUUUGAGCAUCAGUUUGAGGAUCUUGAUGUCCAGAGCAGUUACAUGGACUCUGCCAUGGGACAGACUGUGGCAACAAAUGUGCCAACAAAUGAUGUUGACAACCUCAUGAGUCAAGUGGCCGAUGAGGCAGGUCUGGAACUCAAUAUGGAGCUCCCGCAAGGUCAACAAGGCUCUGUCGGACUCUCCACAGCUGCUUCAGCUGAACAAGAUGAACUCACUCAGAGACUGGCCCGUCUUCGGCAGGCAUAAGCUAGUGAUGAUGGCGCUUGUGUCAGCAUCAGAGCCUAAAACACUGGUUGCAUUAUUUUACAUGCCGCAGGCUGUCAAAUGAUACUGCUUCCUGGAGAGGGGUGAGAAUGUGGCAAGUUGCUUUCCAGGGUGUUACUCUUGCAAAUACUUUUGAUGGUAUGUAGUGCAAGCAAGCACACAAGGUAUUGAUAAAUGGUGUUCCAGUUCGUGAUCAUCAGCUGUGGAUGUGUUGUGUAGACAAGUGUUGCAAAGUGUGCCUGACAAGCAAAGUAUAUCAUGCACAGGUUCUUAUUUAUGUUCAGCGAGUUCCCUGACAUCGCCUGAAUCAAGAAAACUGCUUAGGUACUAAAUGUAAAUCCACCACAAAAUACCCAAGAAGAUGUGACAGAACUAGCUCCUUGUGAACAAAAUUUGCCUUUGGACUUGACACUGUGCUUGUAAAAAGCCUAGGGGAUUUCAGUUUUUCUUUGCGUGACUGCACUACAUGACUCAAAUCAUAGCAUAGCAACUAGGAGUUUGCAAAAUGUAUUACAUCGAUAAUUGUAUCGCCUAGCUAUUAUGAAAUACAUGUUAUGAGUAUGA